GGAUCAAGUAAGGACCAAGUAAGGACCAAGUAAGGAUCAAGUAAGGAGCAAGUAACGAUCAAGUAAGGACCAAGUAAGGAUCAAGUAAGGACCAAGUAAGGAUCAAGUAAGGAUGCACCAUUCACUCUCACCAGAUCCUUCCGCCUGUUUCGGAUCUUCUGACGUCGGACAUUGGACGUCAAGCCUUCUGGACGUGCCUCGGCUCCCUCAGACGGACGUCUCGGGGAAGAGCCCUGCCCUGCGCGGUGUCAUGGUCAGCCUGGAGACGGCCACUCUCUGGGAGACGUUCAACAGCCUUGGAACAGAGAUGAUUGUGACUAAAGCCGGAAGGAGGAUGUUCCCGCUCUUCCAAGUUCGUAUUUGGGGAAUGGACCCUACCGCAGAGUAUUCCCUUCUUCUAGACUUCUUACCAGUGGGAGACAAAAGAUACAGGUACGCGUUCCACUCCUCUUCCUGGCUGGUCUCAGGCACCGCGGAUCCAGCUCCUCCUGGGCGUCUUCACUUCCACCCCGAUUCUCCGGCACGAGGAUCUCAUUGGAUGAGACAAACUGUUUCUUUUGACCGACUUAAACUGACCAACAAUGCCCAGGAUAUGAGAGGACAUAUAAUCCUGAACUCCAUGCAUCGGUACCAGCCACGGCUCCAUAUCCUGCUCUCUGAUCGCCAUCAAGGUGGUGAAGCUCGCGCCGCACAGAACUUCGUAUCCUUCAUCUUCCCAGAGACUCAGUUUACGGCUGUGACAGCCUAUCAGAAUCAUCGAAUCACACAGCUGAAGAUCGCCAGCAACCCAUUUGCCAAGGGUUUUCGGGAUGUUGACGGUGAUGAAUGGUUAUUGUCCCGUAUUCCAGCACCGGUCAAAAUACAUGUCAAGGAUUCUCCUGAGAGAUGGCACAAUAUGGACUCUCACCCCACGCUAUGUUCCGAAACCCACUUUAGGCAUCCUGCAGAACCAUAAUGUCUUAUGUAUACCCACAAUAACUGCACCUCCAAGUGUUAGUGUUUUUGUCAGGA